AUGGAGAACAGAGAAAGAAUAACGACUGCAGUCUACAAACCCCCAAACUCUGCAAUAGAGCCAAACGAUCUGGACCUAUUAACAAAUCAUAACGACUGGUUAAUCGCGGCCGGCGACUUUAACUCAAAACACCCCAUGUGGCACAGCUACUCAACAAACAGAGCAGGCCGUACACUCUUCAAACACGCGCAUCUAAACGACUACUCGAUAGUAGCCCCAGACACACCCGCAUAUUUCCCGCCAAACACGAGAUACCGACCAGACGUGCUAGACAUCGCCAUAGUGAGAACUCCACUUCAAGUUCGAAUCACAAACCUUGCCGGAUUAUCAUCUGAACACAAUCCAAUAAUAAUGGAAUUAACCAGCUCGGCAAUAACCACACCAUCACCAAACUCUGGCCGUUACAUUAACUGGAGAAAAUUCACAAAUUAUCUAAGUCAAGAUCUUUCAGACACUUCCCAAAAUCUAAAUACCACAGCUGAAAUUGAGGAAACCAUCAGCAAACUUACAAACACUGUAACGAACAUGUCGUCAUCGACAAUGAUGACAUUAAUAUCGAUAUAA